CAAACUGCAAGCUUUCUACAGUCUGAUUUUGCCUUUCAUCAAAUAAACCCUCCAAAAACCCAAUCCUACAAAAUCCCAUUUCCAAGUUCCUCACAGUGAGUAAUGAGCAGAAGGGGACUGAAAUCUCUCCAAUUUCUCUCAGUUUCCUUCGUUUCUUCUCCAUUUAGAUCCAACGCCGUCUUCUCUUCAAACCCAUUUCCGAUAUUCUCCCAUUCUUCCGUCAGUGUAUAUCGCCAAACCCUUUCCUCCCCCAUUGCCCACCACUCCACUUCUCCUUCGGACGAUCUCAAAGGAUUGGUUGAUCCGGACGAGUCGCUUUCGUCUGAUAGUUCGCGGGUCCAAUGCUUUUCGCCCCAAGAAGUCUCGUUUCUGCGUGAUUCGUUGUUGGAUUCUCAUGCUGACUCCGGUUCUCUAGACCAGACGCUCGAUACUGGUAAGAUUUCAAACGAGGCCAUUUCAAUAUUAGAUGCAAUUCGAAAUUGUGAUGAUGGGUUCGGGGACAAAACCUAUAAAUUACUUAGGCAGUUCAGGCAGAAGUUGAAUCCAGAUUUGGUGGUUGAGAUUUUGAGUCUUUUGGGAAGUCGUGAACUUUGUGUCAAGUUCUUUUUAUGGGCGGGUCGACAAAUUGGUUACAAUCAUACUCCGUCAGUGUACAAUGCGUUGUUAGAUGUUUACGAGCGUGGUACUUAUGAUCCAGUGCCCGAGCAGUUUCUUCUGGAAAUUAAGAGUGCUGACAAAAAAGUGCUUGGGAAGUUGCUUAAUGUGUCGAUUAGGAAGUGCUGCCGAAAUGGGUUGUGGAAUAUAGCAUUAGAAGAGCUCGGGAGGCUUAAGGACUUUGGGUACAAGCCUACCCGAUUAACUUAUAAUGCUUUAAUUCAAGUCUUUCUCAGGGCGGAUAAGUUGGACACUGCUCAUUUGGUUCAUAGGGAAAUGGCAGAAUUAGGAUUUAGUAUGGAUGAGUUUACUCUUGGUUUUUUUGUUCAAGCUCUCUGCAAAGUGGGUAAAUGGAGAGAAGCCCUCUCAUUAAUUGAGAAGGAAGAUUUUGUCCCUAAUACAAUUCUUUAUAAUAAGAUGAUAUCUGGACUGUGCGAAGCUUCAUUUUUUGAAGAAGCAAUGGAUUUUUUGAACAGGAUGCGGUCUAGUUCUUGCAUCCCUAAUGAUCAGACUUUUAAGAUAUUGCUUUGUGGCUGUUUGAAUAAAAAACAGUUGGGUCGAUGCAAGAGAAUUCUAAGCAUGAUGAUUGCAGAAGGCUGUUUUCCGAGUUAUACGAUAUUUAAUUCUCUUGUUCAUGCUUAUUGCAAAUCAGGUGAUUUUUCAUAUGCAUAUAAGUUGCUUAAGAAAAUGGAAAAAUGUGAAUGCAAACCUGGCUAUGUGGUUUACAAUAUCUUAAUUGGCAGUAUUUGUAGCGGUGAAGAAUUACCUGGGCCAGUUACAUUUGAGUUGGCUGAGAAAGCUUACAAUGAGAUGCUUUCUGCCGGAACUGUUCUAAAUAAGGUCAACGUUGUUAGCUUUGCUCGAUGCCUUUGUGGCUUUGGGAAAUUUGAGAAAGCUCAUAAAGUAAUCCAUGAAAUGGUGGGUAAUGGUUUUAUACCUGAUACCUCUACAUAUUCUGAAGCGAUUGGUUUUCUAUGUAAUGCAUCCAGGGUGGAAAAUGCCUUUCUGCUUUUUAAAGAAAUGAAAGGGACUGGUGUGGUUCCUGAUGUUUAUACAUACACAAUUUUAAUUGAUUGUUUUUCUAAAGCUGGCCUCAUUAAACAAGCUCACAAUUGGCUAGAUGAAAUGGUAAGAGAUGGCUGUGAACCUACUGUGGUGACUUAUACAACCCUCAUCCAUGCAUACCUUAAGGCUAAGAAAGUUUCUAUUGCUAAUGAACUUUUUGAGUUAAUGAUAGCGAAGGGUUGUCUUCCUAAUGUCAUUACAUAUACAGCUUUAAUUGAUGGCUAUUGUAAAUCAGGGAAUAUAGAAAAAGCUUGUCAGAUUUAUGCAAGAAUGAGAGGUGAUACAAACAUUCCUGACGUAGAUAUGUAUUUUAAAAUAGAAAAUAAUGUGGCUGAAAAGCCAAAUGUUGUUACAUAUGGAGCUUUAGUGGAUGGUUUAUGCAAGGCCCAUAAAGUCAAAGAUGCCCGUGACUUGUUGGAGACCAUGUUUGUGGAAGGCUGUGAACCAAACACCAUUGUAUAUGAUGCACUAAUUGAUGGGUUUUGUAAGGCUGGAAAGUUGGAUGAAGCACAAGAGGUGUUUCGUAAGAUGGUAGAGCGUGGGUAUAAUCCUAAUGUCUAUACUUAUAGCUCUCUUAUUGAUAGACUAUUCAAGGAUAAACGUCUAGAUCUUGUUUUGAAGAUGUUGUCCAAAAUGUUAGAGAAUUCUUGUGCUCCUAACGUUGUUAUCUACACAGAGAUGAUUGAUGGCCUUUCUAAAGUGGCAAAGACGGAUGAAGCUUAUAAGCUUAUGCUGAUGAUGGAAGAGAAGGGAUGUAAACCAAAUGUUGUGACCUACACUGCAAUGAUUGAUGGCUUUGGGAAAGCUGGUAAAGUCGAUAAAUGCCUUGAGCUUUUCAGGGAAAUGGGCUCAAAAGGUUGUGCUCCAAAUUUUGUCACCUACACGGUGUUGAUCAACCACUGCUGUGCUGCUGGCCAUUUAGAUGAGGCUUAUGCACUGUUGGAAGAAAUGAAACAAACAUAUUGGCCAAAACAUGUAUCGAGCUACUGUAAGGUCAUUGAAGGCUAUAAACGGGAGUUCAUUCUCUCUCUUGGGCUUUUAGAGGAAGUGGAGAAGAAUGAUUCUGCUCCAAUUAUUCUGCUGUAUAGGGUUUUGAUUGAUAACUUUGUUAAGGCAGGAAGACUGGAACUGGCAAUGGAUCUCCACAAAGAGGUCAUAUCAGCUUCUAUGCCUAUGGCUGCUAAGAAGAAUAUGUAUACAACUUUGAUUCAGAGCUUUUCUAAUACAACUAAGAUUGGUCAGGCGUUUGAGUUAUUUUAUGAUAUGCUAAGAGAGGGUGCAAUACCAGAUCUUGGUACAUUUGUCCACCUUAUUUUGGGGCUUACCAGAGCUAGUAGGUGGGAAGAAGCACUUCAGCUGUCAGAUAGCAUAUGUCAAAUGGAUAUCAAUUGGUUGCAACGGGAAGACACACCUUGAAGAGAUUUCUGCACCUAUUGUUUUUGUUGUUGUUUGCCCAUGGAUUAUGUGAAUACCUCUGAGAGUGUUCUCAAUAAUUCAACUGUGGAAACCAUUUUGGAGGGUUCUACCAUGCAUUCACGAAAACCUUUGAAGAUGUGUGACCCAUUCCAUGCACCCAUGAACAACUAUUGCAGCUAAGGACAGAUUUGAUUCACUUUGGGUUUUUACCUGUCAAUCAGAAGAUAAUUUGGAUGAAAAUUAUCUUUGCAUUAUCCGGAGUCCUGACAUAGGAGAAGGGGUAAGAUCACAUAACUUCUGAUUGAUUUUCUUCUACGGAUGGGGAGAGGACCAUUUCUUUAACAUUAUAACAUCCAUUUAUUUUGGUUCGAGUACUUGUUUGGUAUUUAAAGUUUUAUUCUUAUCUUAUUUUGAUCGAUAUGCUUUUAUUAUUCAAGUUUUGUCCAACUUUCAAAAGCCAGUCCAGCUCAAGAAACAUAUGGUUAUUGUUUUUACAAAAUAAUUAAUGAAAGUGGCUUAAAUAGUUUCUCAUGGAAAGUUUAGAUCCUGGAAUGAAAGCUUGAAAUUUCCAAAAUGAAAUCAGCAUACAAGCUUAAGUAUCAAAAUAGGAUUUAAACCCUUUGCCUAAUAUUGUAUAAUCUCCUCCUCUUGCUUGGAGAACAAAGUACCAAAAUUUAUUUAUGUGAUUAUGAGUCCAUAGAUGUUCUUUGAUCUGUGGCAUUUAGUUUCGUUUUAUUCUUUUAUUGGUUCAAGUUGAGUGUAUAAGUUUUUUCAUCUUAGACAUGAUUAGUGUUAGCCUCACCAGGUGAAUCCUCCUUAUUAUGUUCCACUUAUGUUGUAAUGCUGGUUGCUAGGAGUGUUUGUGGUUCAGUUUUGGACCAAAUGAAAAGCAGAACUGUGAUGGCUAACCAAACCAAACCAAUGCUUCUAGAUAACUGAUUUUAACUGAACUGGUUUGUUUGGUUUCCAUUUUUAAAAUUGGCUUUGACCGAACUGAUUAGUUCUAUUGUCUCAGUUUUGGCAUUUUGGGACUAAUUUUACCUCACCUAUUUUGACCCCAAAUUUCAAAUUAAAAAUACUACGAUUUUUCUACUAAUUAGAGUUAACACGGUCUUGUUGCUUUUACCAUAGCAUGGCAAUAUAUAAAUUGUAGCUGCUCCAGGAUUAUACUUAUGUCAUGAGUCAUGGCCAUGUCAGUGUGCUAGUUCUUAUUCUUUAACAUUCUAGAGCAUCCUUGCAUUGUUGGUUAGUUGGCAUGGUAACACCCCCCUUCCCCUCUUCAGAUUAUUCAAAGGAAACUGCAGGUCUGAACUGCCAACAGGAUCAGUUUGUGCGCAGUGGAGCUGUUGAACAAAUUUUCUGCAGUUGGUUCCUUCACAGCCCCAUGCUGGAAAGGUCAAUUUUAUAUUGUUUCUUCCCCCUCCUGGAGUAGUUUUUGUUGAUAAAUGGUAUCUAUGCAACAACACAUGUGAUGUGAAUCAAGGAACAUCAAUUGUCAUGUCUCAAGGUCCCAUUACAAGGUCAAGAGCCAAGAAGCUACAACACGCAUUAAUCAUUCAUAUCCAAACUAUGGUGAACUCGACAAAGGAAGUUCUGGGAGAUAUUGGAGUCCUUCCCUAUAUGAAGAGAGCUCACUAAGUGUUAUUAGGCUGGAAGCUGUUAUAUUUAUCAAUAUUGUUCCAACUGAACAAUUUGUUUUUAUCCUUCUGUUAUUCAGUUGAUUGUGUUGUUUGUUCAGUUUUACACAAUGUAUUUUCUAUAUAAAGGUCAUUAUGUUGAUCACACUUCAAUUAAUGAGAAAUACUUCAUUUUGUGGUCA